GAGAUCCAUACGCUGUACAAUCAAUAACUUUUUGGCCCUCGGAUCGGAGAUUUGUGAUAUCUUUCUUCUCUUUCCACUUUCUUUUUUUCACCUUUGAAGCACUCUCGUUAAUAACUCUUUGUUCUGACUGACGCGACCAUGGGGUGGCCGGUUUGUAAUACAACGUUGGAGGAUUCAACGAUCACCGAAGUCGACUUAUGGGAUGGCGGUCUCACUUUUCAUCAGUUAUGCCUCAUUGUUGGGGGCGCUUUCGCUCUCUUCGCCGCCGCCAUUUCGUUCUACUUGAUUAUGAGCCAUGCGACACAUUAUAGCAAACCGAUAGAGCAGCGACAUAUUAUUCGAAUCUUAUGGAUGAUCCCCAUCUACUCCCUCGUCGCUUGGCUGAGCACCUACUUCUACAAAAAUGCGGUCUACUAUGAACUGAUCGGCAACUGCUACGAAGCGUUCACGAUUGCCGCUUUUUUCGCCUUACUCUGCCACUACGUUGCGCCGGACCUCCACAACCAGAAGGAAUAUUUUCGCGGAAUCACACCGAAGCAAUGGAUCUGGCCCAUACCCUGGCUUCAGAAAUGCUGCGGCGGGCAGGAAGGGAUGUGGAGAGUACCCAGGAGCGGGCUCACAUGGUUUAAUGUUAUCUGGGUAGGAGUCUUCCAAUACUGCCUUUUGCGGGUGUUGAUGACCAUCGUUGCGGUUAUCACACAGCACUUUGAUGUGUAUUGCGAGGAGAGUUUGAAUCCCGCGUUUUCGCACAUAUGGUGUAUGGCAGUGGAGUGUGUUGCUGUUUCGAUUGCAAUGUACUGUUUGAUCCAAUUCUAUUACCAGAUCAAGAAUGAUAUUAACCAGUAUUCGCCACUCCUGAAAAUCGUCUCUAUCAAGCUGGUGAUUUUCCUUUCGUUCUGGCAGUCUACCUUGAUCAGUUUUCUCUCUUCCUCCGGAGCUAUCAAGCCGAGUGGUAUAAUAGCGCAACAGGAUCUCAAAGUUGGACUCCCCAACCUACUCAUCUGCAUUGAGAUGGCGAUCUUUUCCAUUCUGCAUCUGUGGGCAUUCCCGUGGAGGCCGUACUCUCUCGCCAACGCACACGCCGAUGAGGUGACUGACUUCUAUGGCAACGGCAAAGCGACUUAUCAGGGUGGUCGCUGGGGUAUGAAAGGUCUCCUUGACUCGGUCAAUCCGCUGGAUUUAGCCAAGGCAGUUGGCCGCAGCAUACGCUGGCUCUUUGUGGGGCGUAAGAAGCGAACGCUGGAUCCCAGCUAUCAGAUUCAGAGCAUCGGUCUCGCUACGACCAGCAAUGAUUCCCGGACAGAUGUUACAGCCUACCAAGGCGCAGGCGCCACGAUGGCUGGCAGUAGACCGGCGCCAUACGGGACAUCUCCCGAUGAUGAAGGCCAAGUUCUUCUCUCGCACGCGCAGCCAAAUCCGACAUUGCAGUCGACCGGCGACCUGGCACCCCCACCAUAUGACUAUGAGCAUGAGCGGCUGAGUAGCACGUCCUUGCUGGAACCUACACCAUCUCAUUCUCCGCAACCAUAUUCUCCUUAUGAGCAACACCACAACAACCCUUACGAGGUACCGGACAUUGACGACCUCCAUCUACACGCUGGCACCAAUAUCCCCCAAUCUCAGCAGGGAGCUCCCGGUCAUCAUCCGUACGAUCAGAAUUACCUGCAAGAGCAACCGCCUAUACCUAUGCCUGAUCCGUACCAGCCUCCGCCUGCCCACUUUGACAAUGAGCACAGCCGGCGAUAGACGAUCGUCAACAGUAAUGAGCCUGAGUUGCAGUUCACCUCGACCCCAGGAAUGAUGAUGUUCCGCCCUUCGUUUCCCUUCCUUCAUGCUACGAACCAGCUGGCUUGUUCUUCAGGCAUCCCUUUUGCCUUCUUCUUCUGUUUUUGUUGAUAUACCCUUCUGUCGUAUUCCAUUUGUGGCAGUUUUCUUCUACUCUGAUCUGGUUUCAAUUUCCCCUUCUUUGCUUUGUGCAUGACUUCGAGAUGCUGGGAGCCAGGACCAGCAAAUCUCGCCUGCAUUUUGUUAUGAUUCACUUCUCAUGAAACGCGGGAUUGCAUUGGAUGAGUUUCUUUGUACAAUAGCAGUUGAUAUAUUAGUACGCUUGCCGGUGCGUAUGCAAUUACUAUACAAAUCAUUUCC